UACUGGAACCCAUCUCUCUCUCUGUGCAUGUGCGUUUUCAACUAACUUUGGGAACUCGUGUAGACCCGGCAUCGCGCCCUACGCAGCUUCGCCUCCGCCUUGGUUUCCCGCACCCUGCCUGCCCUCUCCGGUACCUCCUCUUCCUCCAGGCUAAGGAUGGAGAAUCCCUUCAGCCUCUCAACUCUGUCGACCGUGCCCAACCUCUCCGUACCCAUCUCGCUGGGGAGGGGUAUCAACCUGACUUCUGGACAGGGAGCCUCGGCCCUGGGGCCACCGCCGCUGCCACCCGGUCCGCUCAGCCGCCUGGUGUUCCUGGGAGUCAUCCUGGUAGUGGCCGUGGUCGGCAACGCUACGGUGCUGUGUCGCCUGUGCGGUGGCGGCGGACCCUGGGCAGGUCCCAAGCGUCGCAAGAUGGACUUCCUGCUGGUGCAACUGGCCCUGGCCGACCUGUACGCGUGCGGGGGCACCGCGUUUUCUCAGCUGGCCUGGGGGCUGCUGGGCGAGCCGCGCCUGGCCGCGGGCGACCAGGCGUGCCGCUUAGUGCGGCUGCUGCAGGCAUCGGGCCAGGGCGCCUCCGGCCACCUCGUGGUGCUCAUCGCCGUAGAGCGCCAGCGCGCCGUGCGCCGUCCGCAGGGCCCACCGCUGCCCGCGCGCGCCCUCGCCACCCUGGGCUGGCUGCUGGCGCUGCUGCUGGCGCUACCCCCGGCCUUCGUGGUGCGCGGCGGAGCCCCGCCGCCGCCACCUGCAGUGCCCCCGGCCACCCGCGCCUGGCCCGGACAGCGUCGCUGCCGCGGCAUCUUCGCGCCCCUGCCGCGCUGGCACCUGCAGGUCUACGCGCUCUUUGAGGCCGCCGCGGGAUUCGCGGCUCCGGUCGCCGUCCUGGGCGUCGCUUGCAGCCGCCUGAUCUGCGCCUGGCGGCAGCGCCCGCCCCGGGCCCCAUCGGCUCCCGCGCCCAGAUCGGCGAGUCCCGGCCGAGCCCCAGCGCACAGCGCGCUGCCCCGCGCCAAAGUACAGAGCCUGAAGAUGAGCCUGGUGCUGGCACUGCUGUUCGUGGGCUUCAAACUGCCCUACUUUGCGGUCCGCCUGACAGCCGCGUGGUCGUCCGCACCCGUGGGAGAGUGGGAGGCCGAGGGCCUUGCGGUGGCGCUGCGCCUCGUGGGAGUGGCUAACAGCGCUCUCAAUCCCUUCGUCACCAUCUUCUUCCAGGCGGGCGACUGCCAGCUCCGGCGGCGACUGCGGAGGCGCCUGGGCGCCCUCUGCGGCGCACGGAGGGGAGUCGCGGAGGACGACGAGGGGGCCCAGGGCCACCAGGCUCUCCACCGCCACCGCUGGCCCCAACCUCACUAUCACCACGCUCGGCGUAAGCAGCUAGAGGAGGGCUGCUUGCGCCCACCCCUCCCGAGCCUCCGGCCGCGGCCCUGCUCCUGCGAAAGCGCCUUCUAGGUGCUCCAUGGCCGAGACAGAUCCUCUGCGCCGCUGCACAGCCUCCAAGGAACACGAAGCCGGCCAGGGUCUAUCUAUAUAAACAACCGACAGGAGGGGUGUUCCAGAUAGUGACACUGAAGCUGUCACCUGAGACACUCUCCUGCAAUAUUUCUUUCUAAUGUUUACAUUCUACAUGCUUCCAAUUCUUUCUUCCAGUCCUCUCACCUAUUCCACUUGGAGACAGGAGCAAGCCAUUGGAAAAUUGUAGAAACAAUCAAGUUACAGAGUUAUUUUUGCAGUUCUCUUUCACGCUCCUGUAGUGUUCUGGAUAAGAUCAUUUGUUUUAGCUAAAUUGCCAAGCUUUCAUUAUUUGUUGCGUUAUUAUCCUGUUUUUACUUAUCUUGAAUCGUGUUUAAUCAAGAGUACCUUCGGGACCAGAGAAUUUGCCUGCCUUUCAAGGAGGAAAAUCCCCACGUUGCUCUCUCCCUGAGGAGGGCUGUAAAUUGUACCAGUGAUACUGUCAGAAAUGUAACCAUGGCUGUCACUUCAGAGCUACAAAGUGUUUGGAAAAUAAAAACA